UGCCCAACACGUUUAUAAACAAGAAGGAGUCAUCAUCAUCCUCAGGUGACACACACACACAUCCUGAACCGUCUCCCUUAGUCUAGAAGGAUCUGGGCCAUGUCUGAGGAGGAGGAGAAGCAAGUUACAGUGGUGAAAAAUGCGACAGAUCUUCAACGAUUAAAACUAGAGAAAUUGAUGAAGAAUCCUGAGAAACCUGCCUUUAUACCUGACCGACCUAAGGACAAGAGGUUUUCCGAUCCAGCGGAGUUCGUACGCAAUGUCAUGGGGUCCAGUGCUGGAGCCGGCAGCGGAGAGUUUCACGUUUAUCGCCACAUAAGACGGAGAGAAUAUUCACGUCAGGAGUUUCUACAGCAGUGCAAAGAAAAGGAUGAUUUGGAGAUUGAUUACCACAAUAAGUUAGAAGAAAACAAGAGAGCUGUUGAAGAAAAGGCUGCAAAGAACAGAGCGAAGAGACACCGACUAAAAGAAAGACAAAAAGCAAAGAGGCAAAAAUUAAGAGAGAUGAAGAAAAAGGGCAUAUUACCACCUAAGGAAAGUUCAUCAUCUUCAGAGAGUGAGGAGGAAGAGGAGAUGGAGGCGGAGGAGGAGGAGAAGAAGGGGGCGGAAGAGGAGAAGAAGAAGAAGGGGGCGGAAGAGGAGGAGAAGAAGAAGGGGGCGGAAGAGGAGAAGAAUGAGGAGGCGAAAGAGAAGGCUGGAGAACUUCUUACUAGUGAUAUCAAAAUGAAGAAACAUGAUAUAAACAAUGACACUAUAAGUGAUAAAAAUGGUGACAACGAUGUAGAAAAGAGAGGGAAAGAAGUUAUGAAGCAAAUGGACAGUGAUAAAGUGGAGGAAGAAAAGGAUUAAUGUAAAGUAAAGGAAUCAAUUACUGUACUGAUAUGGAGGAUAAAAUAUGAUGAUCAUUUUUGGGUACAAAUUACUGUAUUAAAAAAUAUGAUCAUCAUUUUUGGGUACAAAUUACUAUAUUAGUUUACCAAAUCAUUUUGUUAUCAGUUCAACAGAUUUUGUGAUAUACAUCAGGUGUUGUAUUAACAAAAUUAAAAUGCAAGCAAUCCUUUUGUUAAACUGAUACACACACCACGUCAGUGAAUUUUGUUUUAAAUGUGAGCUUUAUUUUGCUACAAUUCCACCUACCGGUAGUUAUAUGUAAUAUUUUCAUAAACUAAAGAGAAAGUGUGUGGCAGGUGUUUAUUUUUCUAACAAUUUAACUUAAUACAAUAGUAUGUGGGAUGUAAAAAAAUCACUUGUAGGAUGACACUGUACCUUCACCCUUCUACAGUAGCAGUUACCUUAAGAGGAACAUGACAUGAACACUUGGCAAUACAAUACACAGGACGUCUUGCAGCGCUCUCCCCUUGCCUUAACACCUUGGGUACUAAGGGUCUUUGUGCUGAAUACAACUGUAUGCCAUUAGCAACAUAAAAAUAUUAAAUGUGGCAUCCCAUAGUGAAGGGGUUAAGGUCCCUGUAACCCUAGAUUGAUCUCACAAAAAUACUGUACCUCAAUGGCUGCCAUCAGGUAACCAUGGCUACCCCUAGCAAGUGUGGAAAAUGGCUGUAAAAGUUGAUGAUAAUCAUGCUCAUAAUAAUUCACAAGGAUAUUAAGAGACUUUACAAUAUUAUACAAACUUUAAUAAUCACCACAAUGACCUUUUAUUUGAGUUACUUCUCAAGAGACUGCUGGUUACCAAAAAAUGCUCUGUGUAAUUUACUUACUGUAAAGGACUGGAAACAUAAGGAGAUUAUUUGGGAUAAUAUUGUCAGCAAAGAAAAUCCAUGGGUUUAAAAUGAGUGAAAUUAUGAAAAUACUCAAACUUGAUUUUCCCUGAACUUUAUUUCAAGACAAUCUGAUGCAUCUUCCAAACUAAUUUUUGUAUUUGAUUACUUAAUUUAAUAUUUGUCCACAAAAGGAUUUUCCUUACUAGAGAAAAGAAUAACAAUAUUCUCCCAUCCAUCUAUCACAUUGUUAUUCAAUCACCGAGAGUACCACCAACAAAAGUAUAAAGGGGCAUUUAUACCAUACAAUAAACAGCUAUGUCUGUUUCCUAUUUUAAUAAAAGCUAACUAAAUAAAAGGCAUAUACUGUAUUAAAUUUGGAAAAGUGCA